CUGCCCUGCCUGCCCUGGCAGUUGCUUCGAGUCCAUCAUCAAGUCGGUUGAGAAUCUUCAUCAGUCACAAUGCGCCUGCCUUUCCACCCCACAGCCCGCCUCCUGGCGACCCCGGCCUCCAUCGGCUCCAAGUCCAGCCUCACCGAGGCCCUCGCCCUCCUCCCGCCCAUCCCCCUCUACCGCCGCAUUCUCCGCGUGCACCGCAAGAAGCUCGACCCCCAGAUGCGCCUGCUGGGCGACUCGUACGUCCAGAGCGAGUUCCGCGCGCAUCGCAACGUGGAGAACCCGUUGCAUAUCAUCGGCUUCCUCACGGAGUGGCAAUUAUACGCGCAGAAGCUGGAGGGCGAUGCCUGGAUCGGGGAGAAGCUCGAUAAGGGCAAGUUGGAUAAGAUGAGUGACCAGCAGAUUGGCCAGUUGUACGAGUUGAUGCAGGCCAUCAAGAAUGAGGAGGGCGAGGGCGAGAGCGGGGAUGGCAAGGCAUAGUCGCGGUUGCGUUCGAUGCGCCACAGUGUGGGAAUGUCUGG